CCGCCGGCACGGGCCGGGACGGGGGCGGGAAGGGGCGGCCCGGAGCCGCCGAGCGCGGCAAGGUGUGUCCCAGGUGCCAGCGCUAUAUCAGGCGACGCGGUGGGGCAGCUCCCCGAUGGCGGCGUCCGCCAUGGCUGAGCCGCGCUCUAAGCGGCCCCGCGUGACGCUGCCCGCCUGUCAGGCGCACCGCGCGCUGCCCGGCAGCCGCGUGAGGCAGAGCUUCCCGCCCGCCGUGGAGGAAGGCCUCUGCGGCGUCACCGGCGCCCUGCUGGAGCUCGCUUACUGCCUACAGGCGCUGAGUGAAUAUUUUGAUCAGUCACAUGUGGCUCUACCAAAUGUUUCAAAGUUCUUCUUGCAUCAAGCUCUGGAAGAAAGAAAAGCUGCAGAGGCUCUGAUGAAGUAUCAACAAGAAAGAGGUGGCCAUUACUGUUCUAAAACCAUUCAGAAACCAAACUGUGAGUAUGCAGUUGGUCUGAUGAAGGCCCUGGAACUAGCAAUGGUACAGUGGAAAACUAUGGUACGGUAUUUUGAAGAGCUUUAUGCCCUGAGUAUUGAAAAUGCUGACCCUCAUAGCGCAAGCACUAUCAAGAAACAAUUUAUUGGGCCCAAAAUCCGGAAGAUCAAGCUGAUGGGAGAUCUGCUGACCAACGCUCGCAGGCUUGACUGUUCCCAGGAUGGCAGGAAUAGUCUUGGCGAUUACUUUAUGGACCGGUUGCAGGAAGAGUUCAGAACAGGCAUAGAGCCCUCCCUGUCUCUGCAGCAUUGUACAGGAGCUGCAGAGGGUCUGAAGCAACCCCUGAGAGAAUCUUCCCAGCACAGAAAUGGCACAGGGCCAAUCUGUGCAACCAUACACUGUGCUACCAUGCUGCCACAGCGUAAUGAUGGGACAGGAGCAAAAGUGAAGCAGGGCAAGGAGGGCCUUUAAUGCUGUGGCUGUUGCAGCUACAAGGCAGCUCCUAAGGCAGACCUGUAUUGAGGGUGAGCUUGAGACCAGGACUCAGGAAACAUGAUGCUAUAUUGCCCCUCCUGCCUUACACUCUGUCCUCUGUCGAGUGACAGCUCAAAAUCUAUCCCAUAUCAUUAUUGUGUUUAAAUGACAGCAAGGUUGCUAGUUACCUAGAUUGUUUGCAUAAAUCACAUUUUUAUAUAUGUAAUUCUUCCAAGAAGCUUUUAAACCUCUUUUCUAUCUUAAAUGAUUAGUUAGUGAAAAUUAUUUCUAACAGUAUAUAUAACUUUUAUUAAAAAUAAAAAAGCAACUUUAGUAUAUGGAAACUUCUAUGUGGCAUAAAAUCCAAAGAUUUAAUUUUAUAAUAUUAAGUAUUUUAUAUUACUGACAUAUUUUACAUUACUAACAAGUAUACUAACAAAAUUAAGUCUUUUGAAAAAGGCUGUUUUAAAACAAGGUUUUCUUAUCUUAGUUCUAUAAUUGUAGCUAUUUAAAUGAGUAGUCUUAAUUCAUUUACUUAUCACCCAGCUAUUUCUAGUGGUGUACUUCUCCAGGAUGAAGGAUGCAAACAUUUUCUUAACAGUGGGAGUAAGAUAAUGUGCUGGUAUUCUCUACAGUUAUUUGCCUGGUUGGCUUCUCUCAUCCUCAUAAAGCAGAGGAGAGACAUUAUGGGUUCUCAUUAGAUGUGAUCUUUACACGUUCUCGUGCAUAUUUUGCAAGUGUCACUGAAGACACUAGCUCCAGGGCUCUGUUCAGACUUAAUCUAGGGUGGAUGUUUUAAUUACCAUAUAGACCCCUCUUUCAGCUAGUUAAAUUAUAGUAUGACAUUACUGCUCUUUCUUGUAUUUAUCGUGGUACUCAGUAGAGGAGUAAGAUCCUAGUGAAAAUACAGCACAAUUAACUAGAAUUGCAUCCUAGAGAGCGGCCAGUUUUGCAUUUCAGUUAGGGCAGUGUUCAGUUAAGGAGGCUAUUAGCACCACCACACCUACGGCCUUUGCUUUAGCCAGCUUGGGUAGAGUUCAGAGCUGUCCAGAUUCCUUCUGUUCAUCUCCUACAGGAGAGCCUCUCUGUACACUGGCUACCAAGGUCACCUAAGAAGAGCAACUGGUUAGAUCAGCUGCCUGCAGCUAGCUUUUUCAUCUCUGUAUACAUUACCUUUUACGUACCUAGAGUUUGCCUCAAUGACAGAUUGUCUCACACUUUUAUGUAAUACUGUGAUACUUUUGUUAUGCUUGACAAUAAAUUCAGUUCAGAAGUGGCAAUUUGCAUCUAUACUCCAAUCCUCAAUUUACCACAUAGGCAUGCUAGUAUUCUCUCCAAGAGAAUUUUGCAUGUGUACACAAAACUGCACCAAUACGUUUCUCCUAAGAAAGUUGCACGAGAUGGAAGACCACAGAAUGACAAUAAAUGCCAGAAAACUGCAUUAAGAACACUGUACAACAAAACAUUUUCAGUAAACUGAAUUUUAUACACAGCUGCAGUUAAGUAGUGAUUUCUGCAUUAUCCCACCUACUUUCUGUUGGUGUUUUAACGCAGGGCAGACAACAA